GUUUGAACACCUCUAGUCAAUUGCUUUCACGCUGCCUUACCGCUAAGGGUAGGGUCUAACCUUACAACCUUACAACCUGCGUGGUCCGGGUCGUGGCGAGGUCUAGUGCUGACCUACUAAAUUAGCCUAGAACAAGGGUGUUGGGAGGGAAGGAAGAGGGGCAACUCUCCUCUCAUCUCAUUCAUUUUCCCCAUCCCACACCCUAUCAUUACAAAAGCAUGUUCCCACCAAACCGAAUUCUUGUCACCUGCGCCGCUGGCAAUCAAGGACGAGGCGUUGUGCACCGCAGCCUCGCCGCAGGACACCACGUAUACGCCUACGUCCGCGACCCAACCACACCCGCAGCGACUCAGCUCGAGGGUCUCGGAGCAAAGCUUGUAAAAGGUGACCUAGGCGACAUCGACGCUCUGCGUUGUGCCACGGAAGGAAUAGAUGUCGUGUUCCACACCGAAGUGCAGACAGGAGACUGGGCCGGAGACCUGCAACGCAGCACGAAUGUCAUCGACGCGGCGCGCGCGUCAUCGACCGUGUCCACGAUGAUCGUGUCGACAGCGAUCAAAGUCGGUCAGCACGAGACUUUUCCUGGCUGGGGCCUCGAGCAUCCGAUGCGGCAAUACUGGCUGAACAAGCACGCUCUGGAGUCCCAGGUCCGGGAGGCUGGGUUCCAGCACUGGACUAUUAUACGACCGGGUCACUUUUUGCAGAACCUGAAGGCUCCUGUCAAUGCCCUUGCCUUUCCUGAUUUCGUUGAUGAUAGAGUCCUCCGUGUUGCGUGGAGGCCGGACACGAAGCUUCCGUGGGUCGAUGCGGCUGAUGUGGGCAUCGUGGUCGCCAAAGUGGUGUCGGAUCCGGAAUGCUACACUCACCAGGAGAUAGACCUUGCCGUGGAAGCGCUGACGGUCGAAGAGGUAGCCGGCAAGCUCACCCGGUGCCUUGGGAGAGAGGUGAAGGUGCAUUAUUUGUCGGACGAGGAGGUGGAUGAUAUGAUCAAACAAGGAAGUCCGGUUCCAGCAGCGCAUAAAUGGGCAAAUGAAGUUCCUGGUGUUGAUGCGGUUGGGAAAUUCAAGGAGCUUGAUCUCACUCCUGUGGACGCGUUUCUGGAGACGAAUGCGACUGCGAUAUGAUCAUCUUGAUGCUACAUCCUCUGCGAAGCACGCUACGUGUUCCGUCAAAAAUCAGGCUUUUUGAUGCAAUCUUUUGGGACAAAUGGAUAUCCAAGACAACACUAUAUAUGUAUAUAUCUCAUGACCGACACUUUCAGAACAAAAAAGAAGUCCGUGUAUACCAGCGAUAAUCCCAACAAAGCGCCUGAAUCAACCAUUCGAAAAUCCAACCGCAAGCGCCCGAUGACGCCUAUGGAAAGCAUUCCUCUCGGCCGACAAG